AUGAAGCACUACAAGCCCACUUUCCGGUGCGAGAUUGAGGGUGUCGCAGAGACCCAAAGUCUGCCCAUCGAACAAGAUGCGAAGGAGGCGAAAGACGGCAUCAGGACAACAGCUGACGAGGUCACUGGAUACAAAGUCAAAGCAAGUCCUCGGCUGCUGGAUCGGUGGUUGGACAAAGUUGUCCGCAUUUCUGGGUCAGCACCAGUCUUCUGUUUUAUCGUUGGCGCGCUUCUCGUUUGGGCAUUCCUGGGCAUUCGUUUUGGAAACUCGGCUAAAUGGACUGCUGUCAUUUCAGAUGUGCAGGCUAUCCUGUGCUACGUGUUCGACUCUUUCCUCAUGCGCCAACUGCUGCGCGAAUACUCCGAGCAGCAGGAGGCCAUGGCCGAGAUGAAGUCGCGACGGAACAGCCAUGAGCGAAUGCUUGCGACGCUCAAGAGCAAGCUGGGACCGGAGGGAGUCUGCCAAGUAUCCCAGAUAAGCAGCAAUCGCCCCUUGGAUGCGCUGGAUCAAGGGACGCGGACACAAGGCUGGUUUGCGCGGAUGAUCAUCUUCUCCGCGUGGGCGUUCGGACAUAUCAUUACCGUGGGCAUCCUGAUGGUCCUGGUCUUUGCGUUCCUGGACUGCCUGCGCGAGUGCUAUGCCGACUAUGUCAACAAUUGCCUGGACGCCAUCUUCCGCCUCGAUGCCACGCUCGAGAAGGAGCUCCGCUGCAUCACCGAUGAUAACCUGCCAAACGAGCCCGAGGUGAUCCAGCCACCGCGGGAGAACCCACUACAAGUAGCCGUAUUCUACUACGCCGACAUCAUCGGGACCCUGGUCGGGAUUAUCAUUCUCGUGGUGGUCAUCGUCGCAUGGGCCGCUGUCGGACCGGUCUUCCACUUCAACGACAACUGGUGGCUCCUGAUUGGGACCUAUGCGGGGUUGGUCGGGCUGUUCGACAGCUUCAUUCUGCGCAAUAUCCAAGGCAAGGUGAAGGAGUACACGGUCGGACAGGUCCAGAGCCUGGAGAAAAGAGACAUGACGCUCUUCGCUAGGACGCAGAUGGCCAUUCCGCCCAAAGACGAUCUGGAUACAUCCUCUGCCACUCACCGGAUCUCGAUCGCUAUGGGGAAUGUCUGCUCGCAUCUGCUAAUGGUGGUGGCUGGCUUCUUGCUCACCAUCGGCUGUGUGAUUGGCUCGAGUGCGAUGCGGUGGAGUACGACGGGGCAGUUGAUUUCCAAUAUUCCGCCCAGUAUUAUCGAGACCUUCUUCAUGCUCAUCUUGAUCACCGGGCAGAAUGAUGCAGAUGCCAGCGCGAGGGUCGAUAUGACUAAUAUCUAUCACCGUCGGCAGAGACUCUUGUGGUUUGUCAAGGACGCUCGGCAAUACUUGGUGACUCGAGAGUCGGCAGACCCCGCUGCUGAGAAGGGAGAAAAUUAG